AUGUCAUUUGGCACGAAUGCCCUUAUCUGUUUUAUGGCACUAUUUCAGUCUGCUGAACAGCUUGUUAACCCAGAAUCACAAUUGCCACAACCGCCUCGAGCAUCCGUUUAUUCCGGAAAUAGUGGUAUGCGCCGUAUGUAUCGGACCUACCGGAUACCGCAACGUAUUGCAAGUCCCAGCGAACCUCAGGAUGCACUGAAACAUCAUUUCACUACUACAUUUGGAUCACCACUGCAAGUUUAA